CUCUUGCGGUUUUGCCAACAACCCUACCAAAUGGGUUAGCUGUGCCAGAUGCCAGCAUGUAUCAAGUCAAUUCAACUGCGGAUGUGUUGGACCUAAUGAAUAUUGGAUUGAAGAACAGAGCAAAAAGUUCCACUGCCCUAAACGAAAGAAGUAGCCGAUCACACAGUGUGGUGACUAUUCAUGUUUGCGGGACGGAUGUGAAGAGCGGUUCAACUAUGCGAAGCAGUCUUCAUUUGGUGGAUCUUGCCGGAAGUGAGAGAGUGGAUCGCUCUGAGGUAAAAGGUGAUAGGUUAAAGGAGGCCCAACACAUAAACAAGUCUUUAGCUGCCCUUGGAGAUGUCAUAUCUGCUCUGGCACAAAAGAGCCCUCAUAUUCCAUACCGAAACAGCAAGCUUACUCAAGUUCUUCAAAGCUCUUUAGGGGGGCAAGCAAAGACACUUAUGUUUGUGCAGCUAAAUCCCGAUCACAGUUCAUAUUCGGAGUCCAUUAGCACAUUAAAAUUUGCCGAGAGAGUAUCUGGAGUAGAGCUUGGUGCAGCCAAGAGUAGCAAAGAUGGCAAAGAUGUCAAGGAGUUGAUGGAACAAAUUGCUUCUCUCAAGGAUGCACUGGCUAAAAGGGACGAGGAGAUGGCGGCUUGGGAAAGAUAUCAAGAAUAUGAUGCCAGGAACCACCAAUGGCGAGAAACGUAGUGUGAACUCAUUGAGACAUUGAUGGACAAGGCUCCCGUUAGAUUUAGCAAGACGAACGCGUGGCUGAAUUGAGAUGAGACAUGAUUUAUAACAUCGAUAGUUCAAGAUCACUAAGGGAUUCAGAUAAUAAUUCAAAGCAGCACUCAAGUGGGUCCUCUCGGAAACAGCCUCUCAAGCCAUUGAUGCAAGAUUGAGCUCAUUUGUGAGUCCAAACCAAGCUAUAUAACAAAGGCCCUUUGGUUAUGAAAAAAAAAGUGGCUUUUUUUUUAUGCAGGCAUUCUUCUGUUGCUGUGAACAUAUAUAGCAAUUUAUAUUGUAGUAUAUUCAACACACUAUAGUUUAGGAUCACUA